AGGAAAGAGUAAAAGAUUUAAUGGACACACAGGGUUUCGACAUGAUGGAAGGUUCAACUUCCUCUUUGAAAUAUGGAAAACGCCUGAUGCAAAAGUAUGGACAACAACUGAAUGGGGCGCAGCCGCCAGAUUAUGGGGUUUUCUGUUGUAACGAAGAAUUCAGUGAUGUUAGAAUCACGGUUGGAGACACAACCUAUUUUGGUCAUCGCAUUGUUCUGGCAAGCGCCAGUGAAGUCUUUCAAACCAUGCUUUCGUCUGUCUGGUGUUCGACCUCUGAUCUUCAUUUGGAGGAAACUGGUGACUGCGAGGAAGUUUUCCCAGAAUUCCUUGAGUUUCUCUACACAUGGAAAGUAAAGCUGAAUGAGGAAAAUGUCAUUCCACUCGGUCUAUUGGCUGAUAAGUAUCUGGUCAAAGAUCUCGCUUCACUGUGCAUUGAUUUCAUGGUUGAGGAAGUCUGUGGUGAAAAUGCCAUCCCUUGGUUUAGGUUUGCUUUGAAAUAUGAUGUCAAGGCAUUGUACAAUAAGUGCAUUACGUACAUAAGCCAUAAUUUUGAGCAUUUCAACCUCAGUGGAAAGCUGGUGGAACUGGAAACCAAUGAGCUGAGUUUGGUGUUGGAUUCUGGCGCCAUAGUUUGCAAGUCGGAAAUGGAUAUCAUCCAGGCAAUAAUAAAGUGGAUGAAGGCAUAUGAUCGACCAGUUCAGGAAAGUCUGCGAGAUGAUAUUGUCAAGUUGUUUGGCAGUGUCCGUGCCCCAAUGCUUUCUCCCGAUGAUAUUGAUAAGAUUGAAAAGAUGAAAGAAAUACAGGAUUUUGUAAUGUUACUGCUUCCCAAGUUCUACAUAAGCUACAAGUACCACUCAUUUGGCUUGGGAGUUCAAAUUCCACCUGAAGACAAAAUGUUCAAAAAUUACGUCCCAAGAAUAUACACCGAACGUUGUGGAACCACUUUCAAAACCACAACAUUUUGGGAACAUUAUUUCCAAACGCCAUCACACAUGUCGGCAAAAUACGGAGCCACUUUGAAAUGGAAAUACCAAAACAGAAAACCUAACGAACUAGAUCUACUUCCCUCCCCGGUCAGUGCACUGGGGAAUCUGGUUCCCUUCAAGCUUAGGGUGAUCCGCUUGACCAAAAGAGAACGAAACGGCUUUGCAGAGGUGAAAAUUAUGAAUGAUACCGUAAACCAGGUGUCAAGCUAUGGUCCAUGUAUCAACAUGGGAGACUCAUUGGGCUACGAAAAUGACAUCAAAACUCAUGGAUUGACUGUGGUCAUCCUACCAGACAGUUUGCCAAUAUGAUUGUGGACGAUUCUGAUGCAAAUUUAUAUUUGGUUUGUACAGAUGUAAAUGUGUUCAAAUAUAUGGGGUUUUUU